AUGAGGGGUAACAAGAAAUACUCUCAUGUUAUUGACACACCAGACCCCGGCAAAUGGGAGUUGGCAGGGUAUGAGGCAUCCCUGCCUAUCACAGAAAAGUCAAACCCCAUCACCCGAGAAAUUGACAAAGCUGACCCCACGCAGAUUGUCCAGCUCCUUAAGGACUGUGAUGCUGAGAUCUUCCAGGAAGAAGAUGAGGCCUUGGUCAACUAUAAGAGGCUGUACAGUGACUUGGUGCUGAAGACAAUGAUGGACAUCAUUGGGAAAGUUCAAGAGGUGCUGAAGGAACCAGACAGCACCCUCAUCGUCCUGAGCGGUGGUGGAGCUUCUGGCCGGCUUGCCUUCCUCAUGGCUGUGUCGUUUAACAAGCUUCUGAAGGGCCUGGGGCAGCCGCCACAAUACACAUACAUCAUUGCUGGGGGAGACAGGUCUCUUGUAGCGUCACAUGAGGGUCCAGAGGACAGUGCGCUCCUGGGCAUAGCGGAUCUGAACAAGGUCUGCGAAGGGAAGAAGAAGGUCAUUUUCUUUGGGAUCUCAUGUGGCUUGUCUGCCCCCUAUGUGGCUGGCCAGCUGGACUUCUGCAUGAACAACCUGGACAUCUUUGUUCCAGUGCUGGUGGGAUUCAACCCAGUCUCAAUGGCCAGGAAUGAGAGGAUUGAAGAUUUUCAUUCCACCUUCCGGCAGGUGGCUGAGCGGAUGGAGAAGCUGCAGGAAUCCCAUAAGGCCUUUGUCCUCAACCCUGCGGUGGGGCCUGAAGGGAUCACUGGCUCCUCGCGGAUGAAGGGUGGCAGUGCCACAAAGGUUCUCCUGGAGACCCUGCUGCUGACGGCUCAUAAGACAGUUUCCAAGGACAGCGAGAUCUCAGAGAAGUGUCUUCUGGAGAUUCUACGCACCUACGAACGGGCCCACAAAGUCACCUAUAGCCAGAGUAAGAAGAUUGCAGCCCUGGUGAAGCAAGCAGGCACCAGCCUACAGAAGAAGGCCUAUGUGUACAUGGUAGGGUGGCACACAUUGGGCAUCAUUGCCAUCAUGGACGGAGCAGAGUGCAUCCCCACCUUUGGGGCAGACAUCAAUGACGUGCGGGGCUUCCUUAUCGGGGAUCACAGUGAAAUGUUUAACAGAGAGGCUGACCUCAUAGCACAGGGACCAAAAUUUGCUUUCUCUGAAGAAGAUUUUGUGAAAACAAUCCUCCCGUCAUUGACAGAGCUCGACACCGUUCUCUUCCUUUUCACAGUGGAUGAUGACCUUGUUGAGGUGGAGAAGCUGGCGGUUCAGGUGAAGGAGAGGACGUCAAACAUGCAGGCGCUUUGUCAUGCCACCGUUGGGCAGUACCUGCCGGCCUCUCUCAAGAAGCUCUUCCCCUCCAUCAUCAGCAUCAUGUGGCCCAUCUUGUUUCUGGAGUAUGAAGGGAAUUUCAUCCAGAGGUUCCAAAGGGAACUGAGCACCAAGUGGAUCCUGAACACCGUCAGCACUGGGGCCCACGUGCUGAAAGGCAAGAUCUUACGCAACUACAUGGUGGAUAUGAAAGUGAGCAACUCCAAACUCUUCGGGAGAGCGGUCAGCAUGCUGCAGAGGUUCACGGGACACUCGCAAGCCAAGUGCUUGGAAGUGCUGCUGCAGGUGAUUUAUGACCCUGAGCCUCUCUCUGAAGAGAUCCGUGCUGCUGAAGUCUCCAAGCACAUUGCUGUGGCAACAGACAAGACCAAGGUGGUCCCCACGGCUUUGCUCUGCCUGCUGCGCAGCUGCUCGGUCCAGGAGGCCCGCUCCCGCCUCGAUGCCGCAACCUCCUUACGCGGCGCCCUCGAUGCCGCACUCAGUGCACCGGGACGCAAACGAGGGGCUAGCAAAUCAGACCCUGAGGAGAACAGCACGUAG